UGGUUCAUUGACAAGUUACGCUUCGUGGCGCUCCAGUCUUUGUAUUUGCCCACGUGUUGUUCGUCCUUUUCUGUUCUUCGAAAUAUCUUCUCAUACUUUCGAAACGUUCGAAAAUAAUAAAAGAAAAUUUGAAAGUGAACGCGUGAUUUUGAGGUUUGGUUUUUCGGGUGAAAAAUCAGUGGGAAAAGAUUUCUGAAUCAAAGUAAAAGAUAGAAAAUACGAAAUACCGUGUGCGAGAGGCGUCGAACCAAACCCACAUUCGAAAGCGCCAAAAUAUUGUUCAUUCUUGACUAUUUUUUAUUUUUGUUUUUAAAUAACAUUUGCGAAAAUGGCAGAGUAUGUGAACACUGAGACCGCACCGGGUGCAGUUCCGAUGCUCGACGAUGGUUUAUCCGCCGAUCAACUGUUCACGAACGGUGACGGAUUGACCUACAACGAUUUUAUCAUAUUGCCCGGUUACAUUGACUUCGAAGCCGACGAGGUUGAACUCGUUUCGGCUUUAACGAAAAAAAUCUUUCUCAAAACACCCCUUGUCUCUUCGCCCAUGGACACAGUUACCGAAUCCGACAUGGCCAUCGCGAUGGCACUUUGCGGCGGAAUCGGAAUUAUUCAUCAUAAUUGCUCACCUGAAUAUCAAGCCAACGAAGUUCAUAAGGUGAAAAAAUACAAACACGGAUUCAUCAGAGAUCCGGUAGUGUUAUCGCCGAGUCACACAGUGGGGGACGUAUUGAACGUGAAAGCGGAGCAUGGAUUUUCUGGGGUACCAAUAACGGAGACGGGUAAAAUCGGUGGUAAAUUGGUAGGAAUAGUGACGUCGAGAGACAUAGAUUUUCUGGAGGACACGAGUAAUCAGCAAGAUUUGAAGCUGGAGAACGUGAUGACGCGUUUAGAGAGUCUGAUAACAGCUAAAUCGGGGGUGACUCUGCAGGAGGCGAACACGAUAUUGGAGAAAUCGAAAAAAGGCAAAUUGCCGAUAGUUAAUGACAAAGGAGAGUUGGUGUCGUUGAUGGCUCGUACAGAUUUGAAGAAAAAUCGUAGUUACCCAAUCGCGAGCAAGGACGAAAACAAACAACUGUUGGUCGGAGCUGCGAUCGGAACGAGGGAAUCGGAUAAAGAGAGAUUAAAGUUAUUGGCGAGUGCAGGAGUCGAUGUCGUCGUCUUGGAUUCGUCCCAGGGACGUUCGAUCUACCAGAUAAAAAUGAUAAAGCACAUAAAAAGCGAGUAUCCAGAGCUGCAAGUUAUCGCGGGCAACGUCGUUACGAUACCAGCUGCCAGUGAUUUGAUUAAGGCCGGAGCUGAUGGAUUGAGGGUUGGUAUGGGCUCGGGAUCGAUAUGUAUAACGCAAGAGGUGAUGGCCGUUGGACGACCUCAGGCGACAGCGGUUUACAAGGUUUCCCAAUACGCUCGACAGCUCGGAGUCCCCGUUAUCGCCGACGGUGGUAUACAGUCGAUAGGUCACAUUAUUAAGGGACUCAGUUUGGGAGCGAGUACGGUGAUGAUGGGUUCCCUCUUGGCCGGCACUUCCGAAGCCCCUGGUGAAUAUUUCUUCAGCGAUGGCGUUCGUCUCAAGAAAUAUCGUGGAAUGGGUUCUCUAGAAGCGAUGAAUCGAAAGGACGCUAAAGGUUCCGCAAUGGAUCGCUACUUUCACAACGAAAUCGACAAGAUCAAAGUUGCCCAAGGUGUCAGCGGCUCGAUCGUCGAUAAGGGUAGCGUUCUCAAAUUUCUACCUUAUCUUCAAUGUGGCAUUAAACACGGAUGUCAAGACAUCGGGGCGAGAUCGUUAUCGGCUUUGAGGUCCAUGAUGUACAGCGGUGAAUUAAAAUUCGAGAGACGCACUCAUUCGGCACAGCAGGAAGGAAAUGUUCACAGUCUCUUUUCGUACGAAAAACGACUAUUUUAAUAGGGGGGGGAAAAAAAAAACAAAAUGAAACUGGCACGCCAUUCGCACCUUUUCCGUGCGGUGUCGAGGAGGGUGUGCUUUGCUUUUGAGGGAAUUCCAUUAAUAUUUAUAUUAUGUUGAUUGUAACAAUGGGGCAUAAUAAUGAUCGAGAUUUUAUUGAUGAAAACUGAUGGAAAAGCUUGGAAUUUUUAUUCCAUUAUGGAUUCUCGAAUCGAUUUAUUAAUUAGUCAAUCUAAUUAGUUUCCGUUUGGCUGAUGAUUUUUAUUCGAUAUAUAUCGAUAUAUAUCAUUCGAUUUAUUCAAUUCGUUCCCUCAUCAAUCAAGCUCUGGAGGCACUUGGUCGAGCCAAUAAAGCGUUAUUUCAAAAAAUAAUAAUAAAUUAGGCGAGUUAGCUGGUGAUAGAUCCAUUUCAUUAGCUUAGGCCGAAGACUCAUUUACUUAGUUAAUUCCUAAAGCAGACCCCCGCCAAAACUAUUCAUAGGAAAACUAUUUUACUUGAAAUGGACCACUCCGUAGAAUUAAGUACAAAUGACGAAAAAAAAAGCAAAACGUUGCGGAAUAUAAAAUAUCUCUGAUUAUUCAAUCCCUGACAUAUUUGACCGAACACAGGGAUCUUGUGGAUAAUAAUUUUGAAAGAUUACUGCGAAUCAAAAAUUUCACCGGAGGCCCCUUGAAAGGUGAAUACGCGAACGACGAGUGUGAAAAUAUUUCUAUUUUUCUCAACCAUUACGACAUUGUCUUUUUUUAUUAUUUCAUAAUUGUAACAAUUGAUUGUGUAAUGGUAAUAUUUAAUGAUUGAGCUGGACGAAAAUAUAAGUGUAUGUUGAAAAGAUCGUAGAAUAGUAUGUAAUAUGCGUGAAAUAUUUAAACUCUCUCGUGAGAAUCAAAAAAUAACAUUCUGAAAGUUGUUGCGAGUGAGAAACCAUAGUUCAUAUAAUCAUUUUAUCUGUCCAGAAAAAUCGUAUAUUGUACUGAACUAUUUUUUGUAUACACUAUUCUGAGACCACGAUGUGUCAAUGUACUUUGUAAUCAACAAAACUGUAUAGAAAAGAGCAUGUCGAUAGAUAGACGAAAGAAUAAACCAUGUUAUGCUUCGUAAUUAUUUCAUAUGUGUUCUUUCAAUGAACACUUCUACGUUGAACAACGGAAGAUUCACUAGAAUAAUGAUAAUACAUGAAGAAUAAAUACGUGUCCCAUACCCGUUGUUCUUCACCGUUAUUACUUCUAUUUCGUAUGUCUGUAUAUGUACAAGUAUGUAUUGAUUCAAUCAAUUUGGAAACCUUUUACUUGACACUUGUUGCGAGAAAUUAUAACUGUGAGAUUCAGUUUAUUGGAUUUGUUGGAGUCAGUUCUUUUUUAUAUAUCCAUAGAUUGAUAGCCAAUGAAAUUAUUCAAGCGAUAUAAAUCCUCGAAUCAAUAUAUUUUUAAUACAAAAUAUGAAUCUUCUACCAGAAUUUCCUGUAUUUCAAUGUUUUUCCAGUUUCUCAUAGUUUAUAUUUUAUAUUUUAUAUUAUUAAUUUUCAAUUCUCAAUUGAAAAGAUUGAACGAUUGCUCAUUGAUAGCAAUCGAUUGCUCAUUGAUAGCAAUCGUUCUGUAGGUAAUGCGCAAUGAAGAAUCAGAUAAAAAGGAAUCGAGUGAUAAAUUUCAAAUUUGUAAAGUUUGCUUGUAGAUGAAAAUUGAAUAAAUAUAAAAGACACAAAUUUA